UCUCCUGCUCUCCUCCCUUCAUAAAUUUAUCCGCAGCUUUCUUGUAGUAGUAGCAGGAGAAGAAGGACAGGAACAAAUCAAUGGCUGAGGCUGCAGUGGGUUUUGUAGCUGGGAAACUUGGUAACCUGUUAUCUCAAGAAGCCAUAAAUUUGUAUGGAGUAAGAGGCGAAAUGGAGUGGUUGCAACGAGAACUGGGGAGAAUGCAGUGCUUCUUAAAAGAUGCAGAUGCAAAGAAGAACAAGGGUGAUGAUGAAAGGGUCAAGCACUGGGUCACAGAGAUGAGAGACCUUGCUUUUGAUGCUGAGGACGCUAUUGACACUUUCAUGUAUUACAAGCUCCGAAGAAAACAUCCUGGUAGCAUGGGUUUCAUGAAGAGGUUUGUAUUUAUAUUUCAUGAAUUGGUGAGUAGACACAAGGUUCAUGUGGAUGUUGAAGGGAUAAAAACUAAGUUGCAGGAGCUAUCUCGAAGUAGAGAAGUAUAUGGCAUUUCUAAUAUAGGUGAAACAAUUGGCAUAACUAGUCAGUCUAGAAGUCAAAAUGUGAUCCCUAUAUUGCCCCAACUGAGUGAUGACAUUGAUAUGGUUGGCUUUGAUGAUGAGAAGAAAAAGAUUGUGCAUGAGUUGGUUGACAUAAACAACGCAAAUCGGUCAGUGAUCUCUAUUGUGGGUAUGGGUGGUCUGGGAAAGACCACACUUGCUAAAUCUAUUUAUAAUGAUCUUGAAAUCAAGAGAAGUUUUGAUAUAUUUGCAUGGGUAAUCAUAUCUCAACAAUAUACCAUCCUUGAGAUUUUGAAGGAAAUCUUGUCAAAAAAGUCAGAAACUUCACCAGAAGAUACAAUCCAAACCCUCUCAAUAAAAGUUAUUGAAAAAUUAAAGAAAGGCAAGUACUUAGUUGUUCUUGAUGAUGUUUGGAAAGAAGAUGCAUGGACUGAAUUUCUAAAGGUCUUUCCAGAUGUUAAUAAUGGAAGCAGAGUUAUUAUCACCACUCGCUUCACAAAUGUUGCUAAGAUUGCAAAUCCUACCACCAAACCACAUGAAUUGCGUUGCUUAGAUGAAAAGGAGAGUCAGGAGUUAUUUCUUCGCAAGGUAUUCCGAAGACAAGAUAUUGAAACAUGUUGCCCGAUAAAUUUGGUUGAGUGUGCUCAUCAACUUGUUGAGAGGUGCGGGGGUCUACCACUAGCACUAGUAGUUCUUGGAGGACUCCUCUCAACCAAACCACAAACCAAAGAUGCAUGGAAGAAGGUUAUCGAGAACAUGAAAGGGCCAUUUGUGGAAGGUGGAGAAAAGUGUUUAGAAAUACUUUCAUUGAGUUAUAAUGAUUUGCCAUAUUACUUGAAAUCGUGUUUUCUUUUCUUUGGUUGCUUCAAAGAGGAUGAGGAAAUUCCUGCAAAAACAAUAAUUAGAUUGUGGUCAGCAGAAGAUUUUUUACCCAAAAAAAAUGGUAAAACCAUGGAAGAAUUUGGAUUUAAUUAUAUGGAGGAAUUGGCACAACGAUGUUUGAUCCAAGUUACCAAGGAGAGAUAUGAUGAUAGCGCAAAGUAUUGUCGAAUCCAUGAUCUUUUGCGUGACAUGUGCAUUUUAGAAGCCAAAGAGAACAGAUUUCUUGAAAUUUACCAAAAUGACACUGCAGAUUGUGCAGCCCGACGAUUGAUCAUAUUUAAUGAGAUUGAGACUCUAAACUAUUCUAACUCAAAGUUACGGGGUCUAUUCUACAGCCAUGGAGAUAUUUUUAAUCCUCCGGAUUUCAAAGCUUUGAAUGGACAGCUUGGCAGAUUUAAAUUAUUAAGAGUGCUUUGUUUGCGUGUUAAGGGUAUCUCAAAAUUUCCAAGUGAAAUCAAAUCAUUAAUUCAUUUAAGAUAUCUCCAUACUACCAAUAUAAAGAAAGUUCCAUCAUGGAUUGGUCAUCUCUGCAAUCUCCAGACUUUUAUUCUACAUUGUCUAGAUUUUGAAAAGAUAUCAGAUUCACUCUGGACAAUUGGCAAUCUCAGGCAUGUCCAACUACCAAGAUCACUGGCUGAUCCAAAUAUGGGAAAUAAUGUACCAAAGAAUUUGCAGACUUUAGAAGGGGUAAAUGCUGGAUCAUGGAUAGGGAAUGCACUUCCAAAGCUCACAAACCUAUGCGAAUUAAGCAUUAAUAAAGUCUCUAAUGAUCAAGCUGAUGCCCUAUCUUCAUCACUCCAUAAAUUGGGUCGUCUUGCCUCCUUUUCUAUACGUGGAAUUGAAAUUCCUACGGACAUCAUUACAGCCUUUUCCAAUCAACACUGCCUCAAGAAAUUGGAUCUCUGUGGAAGUUUGAACCCCAAACAGCUUCCACACAAUGAUGUAUUUCCUCAACAACUAGUGGAACUAUAUUUGGAACAUUCUAAAUUGGAGCAAGACCCAAUGGCAACACUAGGGAAGCUGCCAUGUCUCAAAUAUCUACAACUCGGGUGUGAUGCAUAUAUAGGCAAACAGAUGAUAUGUUCGGCAACAGGUUUCCCUCAACUAUUAUCCUUGGAGUUUUCGUGUCUUAAUGAACUUGAGGAGUGGAAGAUAGAGGAGAAGGCAAUGUCAUGCCUCAAGUCUUUGUGGAUCAGCAGAUGUGGAAGAUUGAAGAUGAUUCCAGAAGGACUGAAAGAAUGUGCCACUUGAUCAAUUGAUAUUAUUUCUUAUGCCUGAAGAAUUCGUGACUAGGAUUAAGGAGAAUACAGGAGAAGACUGGUACAAGAUGCAACAUCUGCCCAAUUAUUUGCAUAUGCAGCGACGCAGUGGAUAAUAUGUUCAAUUGUUAGCUGCCUUCAAAAGGGCUGCGUGAGUGAGGAGUGCUUUUGAACUUCAAAGGAGCUCCAUAUUAAGUCAGCAAGCAAGGAAUCAUGCAUUUAGUUUCUUGUAUAUGAACUCUUCUUCAAUUGAUGUAUGUGUGGAUGUCUGUGAUUUUAUUUAUGUAAUUUUGUAUGGGUUUGAUACUCUGUACAUUUUAUAUCUAUUUAAAUGUCUGACAAUGCAUUCCGCUAUUAUUAUUAUUA